CAAUCGAUAUCCUUAUUCCCGUCCUGUCAAAUGGAUGACAAUGGCAGCGACGACGGUUGAUACGAUGUUGCAGAGCAAUGGCUUUCAGGCAAAAAAGAAAGAGGACAUCGAGAAUAAGGACAACUUGUGGUCGUCUAUUCUGGCGGAGGUCCAAAACAGCGGCAACAACAAGCUACCAUCCAACAAAAACGUCCUCGUUCUAGGUGACAAUGAGAGUGGAAAAACUACACUUAUAGCUAAACUACAAGGUGUAGAAGAUCCAAAGAAAGGUUCUGGAUUAGAAUUUGCAUAUAUCGAUGUGAGGGAUGAUUAUCGAGACGAUCACACAAGGCUGUCUGUCUGGGUUCUGGAUGGAGACCCGGGUCACGCAAAUCUUUUAAGAUUUGCUCUGAAUAAAGAAAGGUUUCCACAUACACUUGUUAUGUUAGUUGCUGCUAUGACUACACCAUGGGCCAUUCUUGAUCAGCUUCAAUCAUGGGCGGCAUUAUUAGGCGAUCAUAUUGAUAAAUUACCAUUAGAUAAUGAUACUAGGCAACGCUACAGGCAGCUUAAUAUUAAGAAAUGGCAAGACUAUACAGAACCAGGAGACGAAUUAGAUCCUGGGAGUCCUCUGCGACGUACUAGUCGUAAUUUGGAUGAUGACACUGCUGACAGCUUACCUUUGCCAGAGGGAGUACUUACAACCAAUUUGGGCCUGGACGUCGUUGUGGUCAUAACGAAAACCGAUUAUAUGUCCACUCUUGAAAAAGAACAGGAUUAUAAAGAUGAACACUUCGACUUUAUGCAGCAGUGGAUCAGGCGGUUUUGUUUGCAAUACGGUGCAGGCCUUUUCUAUACAUCAGCAAAAGAGGACAAAAACUGUGAUCUGCUGUAUAAAUAUCUUACACAUAGGAUAUAUUCUUUACCGUUUAGGACACCGGCAUUGGUUGUGGAGAAGGACGCAGUACUUAUACCUGCUGGUUGGGAUAACAUGAAAAAGAUUAGUAUUCUACACGAGAACUUGCAAUCUAUGAAGGCGAAUGAUUAUUAUCGCGAUGUUAUUGCACAGCCAGCAAUAAAUCGGAAAUGUGUCGCCAGAGAAAUGGAAGUUCAAGCGGAAGAAGAGCAAGCUUUUCUUGCGCGGCAGCAAGCUGCUCUAUCAGGCUUGAAAGAUCCCACUCGUUCUCCAACGACUCGGAAUCAGGCAAGCCCUGGACCAAUUAUACAGGUGGCGUCGCCUAACAAGAAGUUGGAUCCCAAAGGUACCGGCGCGACGCCGUCUGGAGAAGGUGUUUUAGCUAAUUUCUUCAAUUCUCUCCUUUAUAAGAAGACUGGAGUGCAACCUGGUUCACCAGGAACGCCAGGCAACGUAGGAACGAGUCCCCUGAAACUUGAGGCUUCACCUGUGGAUAAGGCGACGAUGUGCAAUGACGCAGCGGCGGAAUUAGAUCGUCUCACGCGGACCAAGAAAAUUUCCCCACCCAAUUUAAACUCGUCAUCUGAAUGUUAAAGUUAACGUGCUUUUUCUUCGCAAUCUAUUGUUGAUGGAAUGAUAGCUUUGUGCUGCCAUCGGAUAGAAUUAAAACGAGAAUUGAAAAUUGGGAUUCCUGUAUUCUAUUCGUUGCAACGAAAUAGAUCGCGCAUGUACUGCGCAACACGGAAAUACAUUGAACGAGCAUAAUGGUAAGAUAGAUCGUGAAGAAGUAAAAUUUAGCUCUACUCAUUAGUAAUUUAUCCUGAUCAAAUCAGAAAAAGGGGAGAUUUAAAAAACAGAAAAGGGGAAAAAAUAAAAUAUAUAAUUUAUCACACAACUCGAGUGUUGUUUCACUAAAUAUCAGACAGAGAAUAACUAGAAAGUUAUUAAAUUAAUGUAAUUAAAAUAUUUAAUAUAAUAUUAUAUCGAGAGAUGUAGGCUUUACGCACAGCUACCCCAGCGCCUGGUCAUAGUAAAUUAUUUAGCAAUUGCCCUUCGUAUAUGUACGUGAAAACGGAAGCAUAUUUCUAUGUUCAUACACGAUGCACAUCUUUUUUUGUCUCUUCUUUGUAAGCGAAUACUUUUAUUACGUGUUUCGUACUAGAUCAUUUUCCUUCACGAGAUAGUCUCCAUGACGACUCGUCACUGCAUUCGGUCUAAUUUUUACGACGUAAGUGCCGUUAGCGUUGCGAAUGCGUGAGAUAGUCUUUUAUACGAAUUGUUCAUAAAAUACGCGAGACCUUUUAACAGAAGACGCAGUGCAGUCUUCACAUUUAGGAAUAGUUAAUGGAACGAGACUGGAAUGGAUGUUCAUAUCGCGCGUGUAAAUUCGAGAUAUUUUCUUUGUAGAUUUCGAACUGUAUCAUCUUAUUCAACUCGCGCAAACAAAUGAACAGAAAUCUGUACAUUCAAUUAUCAAUAUACAUAUAUAUAAAUGUGGCUAUAUGUACAUGAAAUUUAAAUUCUCGAAGAAAAUAAAUAAUUUUUCGUA